AUGGGUAGACGUAAAAUUGCAAUUGAGCCUAUCACUCAAGAUAGGAAUAGGACAGUUACUUUUAUUAAACGUAAGGCAGGGCUAUUUAAGAAAGCACACGAACUGGCAGUUUUAUGCCAAGUUGAUGUAUCUGUUAUCAUCUUGGGGAAUAAUAACACUUUCUAUGAAUUUUCUUCUGUUGAUACCGAUGACCUUCUUAAACAUUAUAAGCGGGCCGAUUUGCCUCAUGAUGUGAAAACGCCUGCUGAUUAUGGUGAUUAUUUGAAGAAACCGAAGGUUGUUUUGAAUGAGAAGCGCAGAAGAAAACCGAUUAAGUUUGCAGGCGAAUUGCCAUAUGAUGGGUCUACUGCCCGGAUUGAAAAGGUUGAUGAAGAAGAUUUGGACGAUGAGGAUGAUGAUGAUAAUGACGAUGAUGAGGAUGAUACCAUAGAGCCUGAAAGCAAUGAGCAGAAUGACACAGUACCGUCUAUAAAGAUCCAGCAGCAGAUCAAAGACCAGACACAGGAAGUCAUUCCGCUAGAGGCUCAGACGGGGGUAGAGCAGGGUCAGGGGGAAGAACAAGAGGAAGGAGUAGAUGAACCGUUUGCGAAAAGAUUCAAGGUGGGUGAACCUCCAAAGUUCAAUCCGCUGCAGCAACACGUUCAGAGACAGUUCCACAAUUUGUAUAAUGCAGCCUCUUCCUUCAUGGAUCAUCAACAAGCACAGCAGCAGCAGCAGCAACAACAACAACAACCGCAGCAGCAGCAGCAGCAACCUCAACCGCAGCAGCAGCCGCAACCGCAGCCGCAACCGCAGGCGCAGUCGCAGUCGCAAACACAGUCAGCUCGGCAGUCAGCUCAACCUACUAACGUUCAUCCGCCAUUUCAGAAACCAUUCAAUCCGUACCAUUCGUCAUCACACCAAGGGGGUACUCAUAAUGCUCCAACACCAAAUACUCAACAUAGUUCAAGACCUGAAUCAGCUUUGAGAAGCACAGGCAGCUCUGCGGUAUCCUCACUUUCACCAUCCAGCUCGGCGGCUGUUUCACAAGCCCCAAACAAACAAGGCGCAAGACCUGUGUUACGAGUUCAAAUCCCAACCAGCAAUUCUACCGGAUCUAUCAAGAGCCAACCCUCAUCAUGUUCAAGUAACGAAGUAAUUGCAGGCUCAAAGCAAUCUCAGUUUACAAAAAAUGGUCAACUUGAGCUCCCCAACCCGUCAAACUCUAGAAACAAUACCCCGGUAUCUGUCAAUGCUCCAGGAAUACCUGAAGUCCCAAGCAUUACUGACCGACAGCGAAAUAUAGAUAUUAUGCCGUCUGCUUCCACAGGAAUGCUUUAUACAACUCUUCCUUCCGCCAUUACUGCUUCACCCUCAAUUCAACAAUACUUUGCAACGCCGUUACAACCAGCCCCAAGUGGUGCGAACACGAUGGUAUCCUCCUCACAGAAUCCUCAGUAUCAACCGUCUCAGCGACAGCUGCAGACUUUACAACAGCGAAAACCAUUGCAGGGUGAUCCGUCUGUAGGCCCCAUGUCUGGCACGCUGCCCUCCAAAUACGUAAAUGAUCUGAUGGUUGCCUCACCGAACGGCUCUAUGGCAAUGUUUCAAGAAUGGCCCUUCAACCGUUCAUCUUCUGCUUCAGGACCAGCUAAUCCCAAUGGAGGCCCCAUCCCUCUUCCGACUAAUUUAAACACUAGCGGUACUGGGUUUACGCCCUAUAUUAAUGGAGCAACUCAAACCCCAUUGGGUGCAAGGUACUUUAAUUUCCUCAACGAAACUCAUAAUGAGGAAAAGGGGAAUGAUGAUAAAAGUUAA